UCGAGCCCCAAAUCACCAUCUUUCACCUCGCGGUUGCGAAACUUACCAUUGACCUCCCAGAUUACAGCAGCCAUGUUACUCAGCGGCCGCCGCCACCACACCUUCUCACCGCCCAUCACCUCCCACUCCCAGCCUCCCAGCCCCAGUGGACUACGGCUUCUCAAGACCAGAACGCCCAGAGCCUCGAUCCAGGCAUCCAAGAAACCGCCACCGCGCCCAUGGCCGGAGCCAAGGCGGCAAUGGCGGUGGCGGCGCAGCAGCGGCGACGCCGUCCAAGCACCACCCCUCGUCGAGGCCAGCGUAUCCGGCGGUGGCAGCGAGAAGAAGAGCUUCUGGGCGGCGGUGAGUCUCAUCAUCGGCACGGCGGUCGGGCCGGGCAUGCUGGCGCUGCCGUCGGCCACCAUCCGCUCCGGCACGCUCCCCUCCACCGUCUCCAUACUGAUCUCUUGGGCCUACGUCGUCUCCUCAAUCGUCCUUGUCGCCGAGCUCAGCUUCGCCGCCAUGGAGGGCGGAGGCGUCGACGAGGUCAGCUUUACGGGACUUGCGUCGAGCACCUUGGGGGCGACAUUUGGCGGUGUAGUCGCCGUCGUCUACGCCGCUCUCAGCUUCUCCCUCAUCGUUGCGUGCGUCGCUGGUAUCGGCUCUCUGGUCUCCCAGCUCUUCCCGGCUGUGAAUCUGGUCACAGCGAAUGCGCUCUUCCCGUGCUUCGCUGGCGUGCUCAUUGCGUUCUUCCCGUUCAAGGCUGUAGAUGGCGUCAACCGUCUCCUCUGUGGCCUCAUGCUCGUCUCCAUCACGGCGCUUGUGGUCACAGGCGUCUCUGUCGGCCGGAGCAGCAUGCUGAAUUCUCUUGGCUACGCCUGCUGGAGCCCUAGUGCCAUCUUGCCAGCCAUUCCGGUCACUGUGCUCACACUCGGUUUCCACGUGAUUACUCCAUUCAUCUGCAAGAUUGUAGGGGACUCGGUAUAUGAUGCACGCAGGGCAAUACUUAUCGGAGGUGCUGUACCAUUGAUCAUGGUUCUGUCAUGGAAUGCGGUCAUUCUUGGAUUGGCAGGUGCGUCCGGCAAUGCAAAGUUUGAUGACCCUAUUAAGCUUCUUCUCUCGGUGAAUCCAGCGGCAUUGGCAGCUGUUCGAGGCUUCGCCUUUGCUGCAUUGGCAACGAGCUUGAUAGGAUAUGCAGUCAGCUUCCCAAAACAGUUGUCAGACACUUUGGAGUUGAUUGUUAAGAGAUUUUCUCCGGAGCAAGGAAUUGUGGAUUCCGCUGGUGCUGGUGGUGGUCGUGGUAGAAAUGGGGUGAUUCUGACAUGGACUGUGCUGAUCAUUCCAAUAUUUAUUGUAUCAUUCUUCUCGACAGCGUUUGCCAAUGCGCUAGAUUUUGCUGGGGUUUAUGCAAACUGCUUCCUGUUUGGGAUCCUGCCCCCUGUGAUGGCUUGGAUUUAUCGGACACAGAAGAGAAAGAGCUCACCUGAUUCAUGUGAAGAUAUUUUGCCUGGUGGAAAUGCUGCUCUCAUGAUGCUUUUCAGUGCAGCGGUGGUCCUAGCAUUCUGGCACUAGUAGGUAAGUAUAUUAUAAACACAUUUGAUCAUACCAACUAGUUCAGUUAGGACUUCAAAGGUCUCCAGCUGUUUAUUUGGACUGGUGAUUACUAUGCCAGUAUGUCCUAAAGAUUACAAGCUACGGUUUAAGAAUGGUGUCUCUUUAUCUAUGACCGUUACAUACAUACAUAUUGAGCUUGGACUACAAUGUAUGGUUGAAGCUUUA